UUUUUUUUUUUUUUUUUUUUUUUUUUUUUUUUUUUUUUUUUUUUUUUUUUGUUUGCUCUCCCCCACCUGACAUGGAAGUAAGAUGCCGUCCAGCGGUGCUGCUCUGUGUGUUGGCCGUCCUCUGCUCCGCGCUCCCCGCCUCUCUGGGCUCCCUGUUCGGGGACAGACAGUACCUGAACGAGUGGGCCGUGGAGAUCCCCGGAGGGAUGUCCGCCGCCGAGGCCAUCGCCAGGGAGCUGGACUACGAUCUGGUCCGACAGAUUGGGGCCCUGGAAAACCACUUCUUGUUCCGACACCGCAACCAUCCUCGCAGGAUGAGACGCAGCAGCGAGCACAUCACCAGGCAGCUGUCGGAGGAUGAUCGGGUGCUGUGGGCCGAGCAGCAGUACGAGAAGAGACGCAACAAGCGGGUGGCCCUCAGAGACUGCAGGGACUGUCCCGUGGACAAGCURUUCGAUGAUCCCAUGUGGAACCAGCAGUGGUAUCUGCAAGACACGCGCACGUCGUCCUCCCUGCCAAAGCUGGACCUGCACGUGAUCCCCGUGUGGCAGAAGGGCAUCACGGGGAAAGGAGUGGUCAUCACCGUCCUGGACGACGGGCUGGAGUGGAACCACACGGACAUCUUCUCCAACUACGAUGCUGCAGCCAGUUACGAUUUCAACGACAACGACCCCGACCCUUUCCCCAGAUAYGACUCCACUAAUGAAAACAAGCAYGGCACCAGGUGCGCAGGGGAGAUUGCGAUGCAAGCAGACAACGAUAAAUGUGGGGUUGGAGUGGCRUACAACUCAAAGGUUGGAGGCAUUCGUAUGCUGGAUGGAAUUGUGACAGACGCCAUCGAGGCGAGCUCCAUCGGGUUCAAUCCAAACCACGUGGAUAUCUACAGUGCCAGCUGGGGGCCCAACGAUGACGGCAAGACGGUGGAGGGUCCUGGUCGUCUGGCCCAGAAGGCUUUUGAAUACGGCAUUCAGAAGGGUCGUGGAGGGAAAGGCUCCAUCUUUGUGUGGGCCUCGGGUAACGGAGGCCGUCAGGGCGAUAACUGCGACUGUGACGGCUACACGGACAGCAUCUUCACCAUCUCCAUCAGCAGUGCCUCUCAGCAGGGCCUGUCCCCRUGGUACGCUGAGAAGUGCUCCUCCACUCUGGCUACGGCCUACAGCAGCGGAGACUACACUGACCAGAGGAUCACGAGUGCUGAUCUCCACAACGAGUGCACUCAGACUCACACUGGAACCUCAGCUUCUGCUCCGCUGGCUGCAGGAAUAUUUGCCCUGGCACUGGAACAAAAUCCUGAGCUCACCUGGAGGGACCUGCAGCACAUUGUGGUCUGGACCUCAGAGUUUGAUCCUUUGGCCAACAACCCAGGCUGGAAGAGGAACGGCGCCGGGCUGAUGGUCAACAGCCGUUUUGGCUUCGGACUUCUCAACGCCAAAGCCCUCGUGGACCUGGCCGACCCGGCUGUGUGGAAACAUGUGCCGGAAAAGAAGCAGUGCAUCGUCAGGGAUGAUAGCUUUCAGCCAAGGGAGCUGAAAGCAGCAGGWGAGAUCACUAUAGAGAUUCCAACCAAAGCCUGUGCAGGACAGGAGAAUGCAGUCCGCUCACUGGAGCACGUGCAGGUGGAGGCUAGCAUCGAAUACACCCGGAGAGGAGACCUGCACAUCACGCUCACCUCCCCAGCUGGCACCACUACAGUCCUUCUGGCAGAGCGAGAGAGGGACACUUCCUCUAACGGCUUCAGGAAUUGGGACUUCAUGUCUGUUCACACCUGGGGAGAAGAUCCUKCCGGCACCUGGACCUUAAAGAUCACAGAUACUUCGGGCCGCAUGGAGAACAAAGGGCGGAUCUUGAACUGGAAGCUGAUUCUCCAUGGAACGUCGGAGAAACCGGAGCACAUGAAGAAACCUCGCGUGUACGUUCCUUACAAUGCUGUGCAGAACGACCGCCGAGGUGUGGAGCACAUGGAUGACAUGAUGGAGGAGCCCACAGAGGCCCGCCCACCUCAGAAGGCUGAGCCUGCACCAGCCUCUCCUUCAGAUCCAGAGAAGGAGCCUCAAAGCCCUUCAGACCCCAUUUACUCCCCCUCUCUGGCCCUGCUGCGUCUCCUGCAGACCGCCUUUAACCGUCAGGGAGCUGCGUCUCAGCAGCAGCAGCAGCAGCAGCAGCACACGGAGCCGAGGCCCUCCUCUACCUGGAGGAAGCAGCAGCUGAGCCAGGCCAUCUUUCCCACCAAGUUCCCGGCUCAGAAGCUGUACCAAGCUCUGGACUUGAUCAACAAGUACCGCGGGCCCGAGGACAGUCUUUACAGCGACUACAGCGACGGCUUUUACAACAUCAAGCCGUACAGGCACAGGGACGACCGGCUGCUGCAGGCCCUGUUCCAGAUGCUGGACGACGCUCGGAAGUGAGCGACGAGGAGAAGAGAGGCGGGAGGCGGAGGUGAAGAAAGGCGUCAGUUUGGAAGCAGAGGAACAAGGCGUGGGGAAAACAGAAGAAACAGAGAUGUUAUUAAGCCUGAACGUGAAGAGAAGAUGAGAAAUACCCAAAAUGCUGCAUUUCUGAUCUUUUUUCUGAUUCAUCACCUUUUGUUAAUUAACUCUCUCAGUUGAUCAUUUCAAAACGGACGUAUUYAGAGCCUACGUGCUGUAACGUUUGUGUUCAUGUGUUAGAUCUAAAAGCAUUUAAUCAAAGGGGGUGGRGGGUUUGUGAUUUGUGCUGGUGUGGCUUCUCUUCUCUUUACUGCCUGCUCAAGCAUGACGCCACCUUCAGAAUUUAAGUUCAGCAGUAACAUUCACACCUAUACAUCAUUCAGAGACGAUGAUUGUGAAAUGGCUUCCCGUAUAGUUAGUGUCCCAUCACAGAAAGCUUCCACAUUAAUAUGAUGCUUUUCUUUCCCAACAUGUUAAUGCUGCAGUGAUUAAAUUAAAUUAUGGAUAAAUUUGAAAUGUACUGAAUGUUUAAUUGACCACUGGAAAAAAAUCUGAACCCGUUCAUUCUCCAGAUUCAACAAAACUAAAAAAAGAAAAAAAGAAGAAUUGAGAUUGUCUGAUCACAAACCUUCAAAAACUGACAAAUAGAAAAUUUAAGAGGUUCGUUUUGUUUUGCAGUUUGUUUAGUUUUGUAUUCAUGCAAUGCUGAAUUAGAGAAUCUAUUUUUCUAAGGUCUAUUCAAACUAUAAAGUUCAACAUGAAAACUUUUAGCUAGCUUUUUAUUUGUGGCAAUAAUAACAUCUCCAUCUGAACACUGCCAGAAGCUUGUCUCAAAGCUUCACAGGAGGCUGAAACAGCCGUCUAACGAAUAUGCCAACUAAAACCACCUCUGUGAAUACUUGACAGCUUGUUCGUUGUCACCAAACUGUUCCUCUACUAUCACGGUGAGAUUUGAACAGAUGAAUCUGAUCAGAAGUUGCGUAUGAGGCUCCACACUUCAACGUCCAGACACAUUCAWGGUUGAACGCUUUAACUCUCGCCAUGUUAUUCCAAGUGUUUGUGACAUGAACUGUUGUGACGCCUCCACGCAGAGUCUCUGUUCUGCCCCGCCCCACCUUGCUGCCAACAAAAGUGAUGAAGACGAUGUUUGAGAUGAAGCUCUCCUGGUAACGAAUCCAUUCUUUAGAGAAAACCUGUGCUGUUAUCUUCAUGUCUUUGUUCCAGCUGAUCGUUCGGUCAGACAUUUGUUUACAUAAACUGGUAUUUAUGUUUCAACUUCUGUAUGAAUGUGUAAAAGCAAAUAUAAGAUUUAUCAAAAUAAAUGGCAAAGUGACAA